AUGGCCGACCUGGGCAACGCCGACCGUCCGGCGCAGGGCACGGCGCGCGGAGGCAACGGCGCAGCCCCAGCGGGCUGUGAUAAGGGGCUCAUUCCGCGGUCGAAUAAGGAGUACCUCAAUAUCGAGUACUGGGACAAGCGGUUUGAAGUGGAGGAGUCGUUUGAGUGGUGCGGGGACUACUCGCAGUUCAAGCACCUGCUGCUCGCACACAUCCGCCCCUGCGACCGGGUGCUGAUACUAGGCAACGGCACAUCAGACCUGCCAGAGUGCCUGUGGCGGGACGGCCGCCGCCACAUCACCGCCACCGACCUCUCUGCUCUUGUGGUGCACCGCAUGGCACAGCGCAGCACCGAUCUGGGAAGUGCCGUUGUGUGCGCUGCUGCCCCUGCUGCAGCGCCUGCCACAGCCGCCAAUACAGCCCCGGAUGCUGCUGCUGCUGCUGCAUGUGAUUGCACCGGCACACACGCCGAGGCAGCCGCGCACACAGCUACUGGGGAGGCGCCUGGAGGGACACAGCCCCCGCAGCAGCAUCAGCCGCAGCCGCCCUCCCCCUCUACCACUCGUGUGGACAGCAAUGGCAUGGGUGCGGUAGCAGGGGGCAGAGAGGGGCAGGCGCAGCAUGCAUGCUCAGGUAGUACUGGCUCUACUGGCUGUGCAGGCUGCAACACCUCUGGUGACAGCAGCAAUGGGUGUGAGCCGCGCAGCAACAGCAACAGCAGCAACGGCGGCGGCAGCAGUGGUGGGGGAGUGGUGUGCGAGUGUGGGAGGGCGGUGGGCAUCACAUGGGCGGUGGCGGACAUGAUGGCUCUGCCCUUCCCCGAUGCAGCCUUCGAUGUCGUGCUCGAGAAGGGCGUGCUGGACGUGCUAUUUGUGGACAGCGACUCCCCCUGGCACGUGCCGCCCCCCACCGUGCAGCGCGUGCACACAGCGCUCUCACAGGCCCACCGCGUGCUCACCCCACACGGCCGCCUGCUCUCCAUCACCUUCGGACAGCCUCACUUCCGUCGCCCCCUUUACGAGGCUUCUCACCUCACAUGGACGCUGCAGCACACGGCCUUUGGGGACUCCUUUCACUACUUCCUCCUCCACCUCGCCAAGGGAGCUCGUACUCCCACAGCCGGAGACAAUGCCUCUGCUGCCGAUGGUGAUUCUGAAUCGGCGGCUAUGGCUGCUCGCCCCCUCGCCGCCCUCCGACUCUCCUCCCCCUUCACCCCCAUCCGCAUUCCGUCCCCGAUCCCCCUCAUUCGCCGCUCCGCGUCCCCGUGCGCGCUCCCCUGUGCUGCACCGCGCUGCUACCGCUUGCGCAGAAUCCGCGGUUCCCCAUCGUGCGCGCAUCUUCCGUCGUCCGCUGCGUAUCCCGUCCCCUCGCCUCUUUCACCCCCAAUUCCGCCAGCCCAGCGCGCCUUCCCCACGGGAGAAGCCGCACCAGGCGGAUACCUGACACGCACAGCAAUCGCUCACGGCUGCGCGGGUGAUCGCCGCUGCCGCAGCGGGGUGGCGCGCGCAGCAGGCGCAAUGGCGGAAGCUGGGGGGUUAAUGGCGGAAGGCAGCGGGGAGCAGAACAGCGGAGCGCGCAGCAGCGAGUGGGGCGGCGGCGCAAGCAGGGUGCGAGUGCGGCGGGUGGGCGCGAAUCCAACGGAGAUCAUCGAUCUGCCCGCCGAGUCGCGCUUCCGCGCGUCGCCAGCAGCAGACGGCGCAGCGGCAGAAGCCGCGGAUGGCAUUGCCGGGCAGAUCCGCAGCAGCAUCGCGGAAGCUUCUUCCGCGGGGGUUCCCCCGCCCGCGGUGCUAGUAGUGCCUGGGAAUCCAGGCGUGUGCGCGUAUUACACGGACUUUGCGCUCGCGCUGCACUCCGCGCUUGGCGGAGCUGCGCGCGUGGUGGUGGUGGGACACGUGGCGCACACGGAGCGCGAGAUGGAGGGCGGACGUCUGUACUCGUUACAGCACCAGAUCCAGCACAAGAUAAGGUUCAUCCAGGAAGAAGCGGGUAUCGCUGCAGCAGGAAACGAAGCUGACGAAACCGCGUACCAGCAACAACGGCAACAACAACAGCCACCACAGCAGCAGCAGCAGCAGCAGCGGUGGGUAGUGGUGGGGCAUUCAAUCGGCGCGCAUAUAGCAGUGGAGAUGCGCAGGCACCUACCCUCCCACGUGGUGCACGUGGUGGGGCUCUUCCCCUUCCUCACCUUCAACCACCAAUCAGACGAGCAGCGGCGCCUGAAGCUGAUCGCGUCGCUCACGCCGCUGCUGGCGGUGGUGGCGGCGCUGCUGCAGGUGGUGCGGGUGCUGCCGGCGCGGGUGGUGCAGUGGGUGGUGCGGCGCGGCGUGGGGAAGGCGUGGAGCCAUGGUGCCGUGCAUGUCACCGCCACUGCCAUGCUCCGGUACAACAUGCUGCGCAACUAUGCAUACAUGGGGCACACCGAGUUCAUCUAUUUUUCGCAGCGGGAGUUUGACUGGGCGUUUCUGAGCAGCAAUGCGCCGCACUUCACUUUCAUCUUUGGCCGCGACGACCACUGGGGCCCGCUGCACCUGCACCAGCAGAUGCAGGAGCGAGUGCCAGAGGUGGCAGCAUACGUGGACGAGGAGGGGCAUGAGCACACCUUCUGCUGCACCGACAGGGGUGCCAGCAGAAUCGCAACACACGUCGCCAAGCUGCUGCGCUCGCAAGGCACUCUCCCUGCUACAUAG